AUGCUGCCCCCUGAGCGGGCCCUGGAGGAGCAGCAGGCCCACAAGGAGGGCGAGUGGCGGGCGCUGCAGGACGCUGCACGGCUGGAAUGGCUGCAGGGCCAGCUGAGGCAGCUGCAGGAGGACUUUGUCUACAACCUGCAGCUGCUGGAGGAGCGGGACAUGGAGCUGAAGCGCUAUGACGCGGCCUUCGCGCAGGCCCAGCGUGUGGAGGAGGCCCGCCAGGCUGAGGCCAGUGAGCUUAAGAUUGAGGUGGCCAAGCUGCGGCGGGCACUGGCCCUCGAGGCCCAGCGGGUUCAGGAGUUGCAGCAGCAGCACGAGUGGACGCUGCAAGAGCACCGCCUGGAGCUGGAGCACCUGCACAGCGACAAGAAUGAAGACAUGGACCACCUUCGGGAACAGUACACAAAGCUGCAGUGGGAACUGCAGAGGAAGCUUCAUGAGCUGGACGGGCAGCUUGUUCUGCAGAGACAGGAGCUCCAGCUGGACUUUGAGUCUGAGAUGAGGAGGAGGGAGCAUGAAUGCCGCCUGCAGGCCGAUGCCAUGAGCAGUGCAGUGCUGACCCAGGAGCUCAAGGUUAAACUGUUGAAGAGGGAGCUGGCGGCCCUGAAGGAAGCUGGCGCCGAGGCAGCAGAGUCUCUGAAGAGAGCAGAGACAGCCAAUGAGCAGCUGCAGCAGGAGGUGAUGCACAGGGACCAGGAGCUCAAGGACUUGGCGGCCGUCAAGGAUGCCCGGAUAAAGGACUUGGAGAGCAAGCUCCGUUGUGCACAGCUGGCCUGGACAAAGGAGCGGGAGGCGGUCAGGAGGAAGCACAAAGAGCUGGAGCGUCUGGCCCAGGAGCGAGACGUGGUGCUGGCCUCAGUGAAGGAGGCCCACGUGGAACAGCUGCAGGCCCUGGAGGCGCGUGCUCUGGAGAUGCAGGCUCACAGCGAGGGGCUGGAGAAGCGGCUUUGCCAGGCAGAGUGGGCACAGGCCGAAGCUGCACGCGACCACAAUGUCGUGGUAGACCGACUUCGGGAGGAGCUGUCUGCUCUGCAGUCUGCCUGGGAUGCCCAGGUGGCUGAACUCUCCAAGGAAGCUGUGUCCAAGGACCUGCAGGCACACACCCUGCAGGAGGAGGCAGUGAAUCUGAGGGCCCAGUCUGCCCAGCUCCAGCAGGACAUCGACAGGUACAAGCUGCAGCUGGCGGCUGCUGUGGGCAGGGAGCAGAGCCUGCAGCGUGACAAGGUGCAGCUGGCACUUGACUGGCAGUGCCGCCUUGACACCGCUGAGCGGGACCAGUACCGCAGGUCCGAGGACCUGAUCCAGGCCUUGGCGGAGGCCAGGGAGCAGGUAGCAGCCAGGCUCCAGCAGGCAGAGCAGAGGCUGUGUGACAAGGAGGAGGUGCUGAAGGCCUUGACCUUGGAGAGAGACCAGGCAGUACGCACGCUGAGGACACACGGGCUGGUUCCUGAGAGGGAGGAGCAGACGCUUGUGGGGCCUGGUGAGGACGAUGUGAGUCGGGGUUCUCCAUCCAGUGAGACCCAGAGGCUCCGGGAGCAGAACGCCAGCUUGCGCAGUGCUGUUGCCCAGAUGAGGUGGGACAUGGAGGCACUCAGUAGGCACGUCCUGCCCUCUGCCUGCCCGGGAGGAGAGAGCUCACACGGAACCCAGCCUGAUGCGAGUGCUGUAGUGGACCCUGCUGCCCCAGAUUAUGUUCUGGCUCUUGAAGCAGAAAUACAAAAUCUAAAGCAUAAAUUUAAAAAACUAGAAGAACAGUUAGCAGAUGGGUCAGGUCCUCCGAAGGUGUCCUCAUCUUCUACUGGAGUUCAGUUCCCAGUCGGUGCAGUUGGCGAGAGUCCUGUCUCACAGGGGGACCCUCUGCAGGCCGAGGUGACGCCCAGUGUUCUGGCGUGCAGGAAGAUGCUGGGCCGGGUGCAUCUACUGGACUGCCUGGUCUCCAGGCUCCAGGAGAAGCUCUUACAGAAACCUCCAGAAAUGGACACUAUCUGGUUCCGGCUGUCCCGAGAGGUGGAUCAGGUGCACGUGGAGGUCUUGGAAUUGGGCAAGCAGGUGACUGAGCUGGAGAAGCAUCUGACCACUGCUCAGAAGGAAGGAGAGGUUGUGUGUGAGGGACAGCCGAGAGCCCCGGAGAACUCCACCCUCGGGGAGCAGGUAGAAGACAGGACACCCCCCUCACCCCGUGUAGCAGAAGGCCCCCUCCUCUCCAUGUCUGUUACAGGUCCUGCUGGCGGUGAGCACACAGGCACCAGGGUCUUGGCCCCCCAGCCCACACCACACCCUGCUGAGCUCCAGCUCAGGCGGCAGCUGAGGGCCGCAGCCCAAAACAUCCUGCGUCUACAGAGGGAGAAGGAGCAGCUCGUGGAGACGGGGAACCGGCUGCGCGCGUGGCUGCGACACCAGAUUGGGGUGCUGGUUCAGAGCAGUGAGCACAGUGACGUGGACAGUGGUGUGGACGACAGUAUCUGUCACUCUCGGAACCUGGCCCUGUGCCAGGCCUGCCACUAUGGGCCUCUCAGCCCCUGCGUCCUCAUCCUUGACACUGUCCUUGUCCGACCUGUGGCCUCCUGUGGCCAGCCCAGCCUUUGGCUCCUGGUUGUGCUGAGAGGUGCCCGAGGCCUGAGCCAUGUUCACUCGGUCAUCUCUGUGACAGCCCGGAGCACAAGUGGGACACAGAGCGGCCCCUCCAAGGGUGUCCGAGGCUGUGGAGAGCACGGGAGUCCACCUGGACCCCAAAGCCUGCUGCAAGGUCAGCUCCGAGCUGCUUCUCACUUGAUGGCGCUGCCGAGAACCCCAAACCCGCAGCUGUCUGAGGCCCUCACUGGUAUGUUCUGUGGCUGCUUCGGCGUUUGUGUGUCUGUGUGUCAGUCGCACGUGUUUGUGGAGUUUCUGCCCCUGCUGUGGGACCAGUGCGGCUCCUCUGCCAGCUUCUAUGUGGACACUCGCUUUGCAUUUCUCUUGGCUCCAUACCCGGAGCGGACCCAUAGCCUGGCAGAACCUCGGGGACACUACCUCACCCUUCCUGUUCCCCUGCCCUGGAGGCCUGGAGCCCAGCUGCGGAUCCUGGCUCACCUCUGGAUCGUGGCCUGCCCUUGGGACAGGCCUGGCCGCCAGAAGGAGAACCUGUGUCCCCAGGCACCGCAGGCCCAGGAGCUCCAGGAGCAGACCGGCUCCCACACCCAGAGCUCGUGGUCAGCAGCCAGCAGCUCCCUUCAGGACACGUGGAAGGUAGGAGACUGCUUCGCUGUUGGCGGCCAGGGGCUGGUGCUCCGGGGAGAGCUCUGCACGUUCUCCGCUGCCCCUGCCGGUGCUGGAAAGGAGCCUGCCAUCUGGCUGCGCGAGGUGUCCAGCUCCAGUCGCGACCUUUUGGGAGCACUUCCUGCAUGCACCCCAGGCGUGUGCCUCUACUCUGCCCCAGCCCUGGGAUCUGGAAGCUACGCUCCUUUGAAGAGGACGACGUUCCCCAACGCCUUGAAGCAGGACUCUGCUGGUCACCAGUCUGCAGGUCUGGGCCCUUCACCCCCUUCCCAUGGGACGUCGUCCUGCUCGUCCCUCGAGCCUGGGGUUCGGCCUGUGCCUCUGUUGAGCCUAGGGAACACCCCCAUGAGCCCUGUCACCACGGUCACCGGAGGCUCCUACCCCACAGGCCUCCCUGGAGACAGCCUGGAGCCUCCCUGCCUGGGCACCAGGCCCCCACGGCAGGACCUGGAUGGAGCCCUGGCCUCUUCUCAGAGUGUGCUGCGAAUCUGA